AUAACAAAGCGUUUUGUAAUCGGAGAGUGCGCGCGCGCCGGUGCGCUGCGCUCAAACAAACAACAGUAUAUCAAGCGGUCGUGGCUAACAAUUAAUGUUAAUCAAAAAUACACAAACGAACAAGAUUUGUUUUCUAUUCACCAAUAACCUUACUCACCUCUUUAGUGUCGCUGAGAAUAAACUAAAAACUUUAAUCAAAAAUAUCGAUUCCGAUCCUAAUUUAAUAACGAAACUACAAGAAAUUCCUAACAGCUAGGAGUGCUUCGUAAAGAUAUGGUUCAAAUGAGCAAGGAGCUGUUCGAGAAAAUCUACACGGAUGUUGACUGCCAUUAUCUUCUUCAUCCGUGGGGCAAAGGCUGCAUCACAUCGUUGCCGGUUUUAUUCAAGGAUUCUCUGAUCGGCAGCGUAAAAUUCUAUUCUAUGGUAUACUUGAUACAAAUACUAAUGCGUGGUAAGAAAAUGAGAAAGAAAGAACAAUGGCUCAAAAUGGGUAACUACUACAUAAGGUCGAUUCUUUUCGGACAGUUUGUUGCAGGAACCGCAUCCAUCAUCGGAUGUAUCGUCAGGAAACUAAACGGCAAUAAGUUCAAGUUCAAUACGUUCCUUUUUGUACCGUUCACAUUGAAUGGUCUGUUUAUUUACUUGGAGCCGCCAAGCAGGAGAGGACUUGUCAUCAAUUUGUUUGUUAAUUUGUAUAUAGAAUACUGGCUUCGGAGAUUGGAAAGAGCUGCAUAUAUUAAAAUUACGAAAAUCCGAACUACCGCACUUUUUAUGCUGGGCAGCGCUCUCCUUUUCUACUUAAUGCGAUUAGAGGGAGAUAAAAAAGAAAGGACCCAAUUGUUUUGGUUAUUUACCCCGGACAAGGUGAGACGAAAAACAGAUGAUUCAAAUAAUGUUUGUCCUCACCAAGGCUCCUGUCAUAAAUAUAUCUUUAAGGGUACGGCUACAUACUUCGCACUUGGCCUAGCGUUUACUGUCGCAAGACUCAUAUUACCAAGGAUUCGCUCACCUAUGACCGCUAUAGCUUCAUUGAGGACGAGACAUUUGAAACUGGCGAUGUUCUUCGGUUCUUAUAUCGGUAUUUACAGAGCUGUGAUAUGUUAUUUGUGCCGCAAGAGAGGAUGUGAUUCUGCAAUAUACGCUUUACCAGCUGGCUGUUUGGCCGGAUUAUCAUUCAUUUUCAGCCCUAGUCUGGGAAUAGCUAUUGGAGCAAUGACAGGAGCUAUGAAGUUAUAUUCAACAAUACUGUAUGAGAAGAAGCUUUUGCCCGCACGUUUGCCGUUACCAGAACUCCUGUACUGUAUAUGUCAGGGUACCCUGUUUAGUGCUCGAGUGUUUUACCCAGAAGAGUGUCCCUCAUAUAUUUUCAAUCUUCUAGCUAAAGUCAGCAACAACAGGUCCGAAUGGAUUUACAGCAACUACAAACUACUAUUGGACAAGGCUUUAGAACAAUCCUAGUUUUUAAACAUCCCAAAUGGUAAUUUAUGAUACGUUAGUUAAUUUAGUUCAAUGUUUUAUUGCCCAUCUAAGCUGUAAGGUGUUGUUUUGUUUUAUAUUUUUAAUAUUCAUCUUGUUUAAUAAAUACGUGACGGUAGUAA